AUGCCUUUACAAUGUGAGCAAACACAGUGUAAAAUUAUUCCAAGUUUUAUAUGUGCAUGCUCAUCGAAAGGAGAUUUAUUUUGUAAGGUGCAUAUUAUUGAGCAUAUAGAAAGCAUUCCAGACCUUCAACAUAAAGGGGUUUCUUUAUUCUUUGAUAAUUCUGCUAAAAAUAUUUACAAAUUUGAGGAUAUCCUACCUAUAAAAGGCAGCGUUUAUUUAAAAAUAGAUGAUAAUAUCGAUCGAUCUUUAAAUUCUGCCAUGAGCUAUGCUGGAAUUAUUAUUCAAUCUCUGAAUGUUCACAAUCGAAAAUUCCCUUUAGGCGAUUCAGCAGCUCUAGAGUCACAGAAUUUAUUGCCAAGCACUCAAUUCCCAUCUCCUAUCCCUACUUUCCAAGACCUUUCCUAUAAAAUUUCUAUAGUUCUCGCUACUCAUAUUCUUCGAAUAGUAGAUAUUUCUUUCCUCAAAGCAAGCUAUAUCAAUAAAAUCAAUUUUAUAAACCAGAAAGAAAUUUUAAAAUGCUUUAAAAGCUUAGCAACUGAAAAAUUGCAAGCCAAACUGUUUAGCAUAACUUUACAGUCAAGAGAGCAUAAAAGCCUAAAACAUGCUUCCAGUAACGCAAUAACAAUCUUGAAUUAUUCCAAAUAUAAAUUCAUCGAUAAAGACUUGCAUGGCAUCAAAAUUAAAGGCGCAGAUCUCUCAGAAGCACUCAUAAUAAAUUCUAAUUUCCAGGGAAGCAAUCUCAAAAGGGUGGAUUUUACUUUCGCAAAUAUUUAUGAUACAAAUUUCAAGGACUGUGAUUUAACAGAUGUGCGAUUCGGUAAGUAUCCUCCAUUUAAAAAUAUAAUAACUGACUGGAAUACCACUUUUGCCUGAAAUAAGGACUACUUGGCUUAUAUUGAUAAUAAUUUUGCAUUUUUACAAGAUAUUAAGAGUGGGUGUGUUUUUAAAGAAUUCGAACAUAAAGAAAUUAUAAAAUUAGUCGCUUUAUCAGAGGAUGGAUCACUGCUUGCAAUUGCUGACACCUCUUAUAUACUUCACAUAUGGGACAUUGUGCAUGAUAAAAAAUUAACAGAACUGCCAGGACUCUUACAUUUAGUGACUUCUAUUGCAUUUUCUCCAAAAGGGGGUUUUGUUGCUGCUGGAAGUCAUGAUUGCUGCUUAAGAAUAUGAAAUAUUGCUACAAGCUCAAUGAUGAGUUGUUACGACAAUUAUUAUGCUAUAGCUUCAGUUGAAUAUUCUGCUUGUGGCAAAUUUAUUGUUUUAGGCAGUUUUAGCAUUUUAGUGCCAGUUUUGUAUGUUGAAAAUAUAAAUUGAUUUAAAUGCAAGUUAUUUCAUCCUCAAUCUGCAACAGUUGCCUCAUUUUCUCCAUGCUCAAGAUAUGUAAUAACUGAUUGUAAUGAUUUAAAUAUCAGAAUAUGAAAAAUAGAAACAGAAGAACUUAUGAAGUCAAUAAAAGUGAGUAUUUCAAGACCUAAUAACCUUUUUAACUUAUCAUUUUCAAAUAUAGGUAUAAAAAUACAAACCAUGCCUCUUUUGAAAUGCUUAGCAAAAAAUUGGCAAAUAGAAAUAAAAUGGUUCAAUGAGACAUUAUUCAAUAAGCAAUGAUUAUCAUUUUCGCCUGAUGAAAAUUGCAUAGCUAUAAAGAAAACAAAAAAUUAUACAGAGAUUUGAGAUGCCAAAGCUUCAGAAAGCCAUCUCCUCCCUUAUAAAGAAAUUACUUCUAUAUCUUUGUCCUAUGACAGGAAAUAUAUGGCAUAUACAGAUGCUUCAAAAUCAAUAAAAAUCCAAAAUAUCGAAAAAAAUAUUAAUGUUUUUAAGCUUAAAGGCCACCAAGCUAUAGUUAUGCAUGUGAUUUUUUCUAAAAUAUCGUAUUUUUUGGUUUCUUUAUAUGUGGAUAACAUAGUAAUUAUCUGAGACACUAUAAAUCAAUAUCCUUUAAGCGAAAUUGAAAUUAAAGACCAAGUAUCAGCGCUUGAUCUAUCUUUUGAAAACAAUUUUAUUGGGGCUGGGCUAUUAAAUGGAAAUAUUAAGGUAAUAAAUACAAAAAAUCUAUUAGAUAGCUUUUAUUUAAAGCACAAAGGAGCGAUUACUUGUAUUAAAUUUUCUCCAUGCGAGAAAUUUAUUGCAUUCGCCAGUAGUGAUAGGAAAUUGAAUUUGUGGAGAAUUAAUAAAAAAAAAUUCGUAAUUUUUGAUAAAAAAUGCAUAAGGGAGGUUUCUUAUAUAUGUUUUGCUAAAUCAAGAAAUUAUUUAGUUUCAGCUCAUAUAAAUGGUGAUAUCAUUUUUUGAAAUAUUAAUAAUCAACAACAAGUUAUGAAAGUGGAAACAAAUGGAGGGAUUAUAAUAUCAAUGACGUUAUCUCCAUGUGAAAAUUAUUUGGUUGCUGGGUAUUAUGAUGGCUUUGUAAGAGUAUUGGGUACUUUGCAAGGAAAGAUAAUCAAAUCGCUCCAAUAUCAUCAUAGAUCUGUAAGUUCAGUUGAAUUUAUAAAUAUUGAAAAGCUACUAAUUGGAUCUGCAGGUCUUGAUGCUACAAUUAACUUUUGGAUAAUCUAA